AUGUCAUACCAACCCGUAAUUGAUGAUGGGGAUACCGAAGAGCUUGAAGCACUUGCGUCUAAUUCUGGUCAUAACUUGGUGAUCCCCCACUCUCGUUUUUCACUACAUCAUAUUCUUUGGCUGAAUCUAACGACAAAUCAUUCGCAAUUCGACGGAUGUGCGGCGAUGUUGUCCCCAAAAAGAACACGAUCUUUAUAUGCCUUAACGCCACGUGAAGCCGCAAAGGGUAUCGCCAGCAGAAUCGUCUAUAGUCAAUACUAUAUCUUUCUGUACCUCGCUCUCGCCGCUUUAUCAACUACAACGGUCAUUCUCAGCCUUGCAGAUGGUUGCCCUGGAACGACUUUUUAUAUCCUGGAAUUCAUUGUCAAUGCGGCAAUGAUUGCCGAACAAUUCUGGAAGUCACCCUUCAAUGUGCUCGAUUUGGGUCUCACAUGCCUAUGUGUCAUCACUCUCUUGGUCUUGUUCUUCUCUGGCUGUAAUGAUCUCAGUACGGAACGAACCAAGCAUGUCAUCACCCCAUUUAACCUUCUAUUAUACUAUAGAUCCGGACGUUCCAUCUUUGCGCGCCCCAAGCCCAUCGAUUUGAAUGCACCGCGAGCCAACCGCCUGGAUAUAGAUUUAUCCGAUGAAGAAGCAGAGAUUGGUUACGGUUCAUCACACGUAGAGUUUGAUGCAGACUUGGACAGUACCCCACACAUUCGUGCACCACCCCCACCCCGAAAUACAACCAAAACAGCACGACCACCACCGCCGGGAGAGAACGCCUGGGGACGGGCAUGA